UCGGGCCGUUGCUUGAACAAUUUUGCCAAAGUAGCCUUUCCAUCUCACAGCACCACAUCAGCAACAAGACAAAUUAUUCUCAAAAUGGGAAACUGUCAACCUACCAUUGUGCCCUAUGAGGACUUUGAUGUUGUGGCAGACAUCAAGGCUAUCCGAAAAGCCUGCAAAGGGCUGGGCACAGAUGAGCAGGCUAUCAUUGACAUCCUGGCAUACCGCAGCUCGGCUCAGAGGCAGCAAAUUAAACAGGCCUACUAUGAUAAAUAUGACGAUGAGCUGGUGGAUGUGUUGAAGAAAGAGCUGUCUGGAAACUUUGAGAAGGCCAUCUUGGCGAUGUUGGACCCACCUGUCAUCUACGCUGUGAAGGAGCUCCGCAAGGCCAUGAAGGGGGCCGGCACAGAUGAGGACGUCCUGGUGGAGAUCCUCUGUACUGCCACCAACGAUGACAUUGCCAUGUUCAAGGAAUGCUACUUCCAAGUCCAUGAACGUGAUCUGGAGGCUGACAUUGAGGGAGAUACUAGCGGCGACGUUCGUAACCUGCUCAUGGCACUACUGCAGGGAAACCGAGAUGAAACGUAUGAGGUGGAUGAGGAGCUAGCGGAACAAGAUGCUACAGCACUUUUUGAGGCUGGUGAGGAGCGUUUUGGGACAGAUGAGUCCACUUUCAGCUAUGUUCUAGCCAUGAGAAACUACCUCCAGCUCCAGGCCACAUUUAAAAUAUAUGAGCAGCUGUCUGGGACUGAGAUUUUGGACACCAUUGAGAAUGAAACUUCUGGGACUCUGAAAAAAUGCUAUAAAGCCCUUGUGAGAGUUGCCAAGAACCCACAGCUGUACUUUGCGAGACGACUGCAUGACGCCAUGAAAGGAGCAGGCACAGAUGAAGACACACUUAUCCGCAUCAUUGUGACUCGGUCUGAGUAUGACCUGGAGACCGUCAAAGACAUGUAUCUGGAGAAGUAUGAUGUGUCUCUGAAGGAUGCCCUAAAGGAUGAGUGCAGUGGUGACUUUAAACGCCUCCUACUGGCCAUCUGUCACUGACCGUGUAACACCCUAUACAAUAUGGUUCAAGUGAGAUUCAAAAUACUUGUGUAACAGUAGGAAAGUGUAGGGCUGAUUAAUGUCAUAAUUGUCUAUUUUAACUGUAUUGUCUUUUUAUUUUUACUUUUUAUGACAAAUCCACCUCAAUCUGGUCACCCAUUGCCUUCUUCGGGGCUCAGAUUUUUAACCUUUUUAACAACUUUAUGUUAUUUUUUAAAUGAAGGAUUUUUAACAAUGUCAGCACUACUAAUGAUGCAAGUACAUGUGAACAGGUGAUUUACUUUGGCCACCCUGUCAGCAGUCAACAACAUUUUGACUAUGUUGAUUCAGUAAUCACAUAUUUAAUGCUUAUUUAUAAUAUUUAAUACUUCACUGUAUACCAUAGGCCAUUUUCUUUUACAAUCCAGCAAAUAUAGAGUAUUGUCUCUGUACAACUAAUGCAAUCACUCCAUAAGGCUUGAAUACUAUAUGAGAUGAUGAAAGUAGAUAGCACGUUAUAUGAAGAAAGAUGUUUGGAAUGGUAAAAGUAAUGAAAUGUUAUGCAAAUUGUUGCCUCACAGUUGCACUUGGAAGAUUAUAUAUUUAGUUAAAUGAAGUCUACAACAAAAAUAUGUAUUGACUCACUAUAUUUUUCUUAUACUUUUACUACUAUUAUACUUCUACAUAGCCUAUGUUUUAAUGAUACUAAUAUACAACUGUGUUAUUGUUAAUGCUCAGAGUGUAACUAUCUGUUGUAUGUUAAUUGACAUUGGCAUUAUAAUUUUCCCCAUGCUUGUGCUGGUAAUGUCAAUCAGCUGAGACAUUAAAUUUACCACUUUUGCAAAUUCUGUCAAUGAUGAAUGGCAUUGAACAUUAAAACUUGAACUUUGUUGCCUCUGUAGCCAAAGAUUUUAGAAUAGCUGCUAAUAAAGUCUAUUGUAACAGCUGAA